AUGGGUUCAAUGCCAAAGCCUCAAGAGAGAGUCAGUGAUAGGAUAAGUGCACUACCAAAUGAGGUUCUUUGCCACAUACUUUCGUUUCUUCCAACGAAUGCAAUUAGACGGAAGGUUGUUGAACUUGAUCUUUGUGUUUCUCACUUAGAUCCAGACGACAAUUUGGAAUUGCCUCAAACAAAUUUCAUGUGCGAAACACUAGAAGUUUUGAAGCUGCAGUUUCAUUUUAUUGCUCAUCCUCUUACAUCAAGGUGUUUUCCAAAUCUCAAGUUCCUCUAUGUUCUAAUUCAUCAUCCUGAUAUUGAAUCAGUGAAAAAUGUUUUAUCUUACCUCCCUGUACUGGAAGGUUUGAGAAUUGGGGGAUCUCUUGACGAUUAUGAUGUUGAAAGUCUGGAUAUCAACAUCUCUGCACCGGCACUGAAGACGUUAGCUAUAUGUUUGGAGUUUGACGAUUUUGAUGAGGAGUUCAAGAUUUGUAUUGAAGCUCCGAAACUUGAAUCCCUUGAUGUCCAGCUACUUACCAGUUUGUUAAAUUUUUCUUUGUUGAUCAAGGAAAAUCUCAUAGUCAAGGCCAAUGUGGAUCUCUCAUACACAGAAAUGCCUAAUAGUGAUAUUGCAGACGUGGAAGAUAUUCUCUUAUAUGCAGAAGAGCCUGAUCGCGCAAUAGCACUUCUGAGAAAUGUCUCCAAUGUCAAGUACCUGUCUCUUUCAUCUCAUAGUUUGGAAGGUGAUUGGCCUGCAUUUGACAAUUUGAACCAACUGAAGCUGGUUUUUUACAAUUGCGGUUAUUGGAGAUUUCUGACAAAUUUACUCGAGAGAUCACCUAAUCUAGAAUAUCUCGUCUUUGAACACAAAGAUUGUACCAUAUGCAAUGUAGAAGACUUCAGGCAUGAAUUUAUUCCACCAGAAGUUGUGCCUAUUUCUUUGUCGUCGCAGCUCAAGACUAUUAGUAUAAACAGAUUCAAGGGAAGGCGUGGUGAGAUGGAAUUGGUAAAGUACUUGUUAAAGAAUGGCGGAGUACUAAAUAAGAUGACCAUUGACGCUUCAGGGAAUACAAAUCUUCCACAUGCACGUACGAAGGCGUUAUCAAAGGAAGUUUCACUGUUUCAAAGGGGUUCAAAGACCUGUCAAGUUGAAAUUCGAUUUGGGAUUUCAUAAUGGAAUCAUUUUCAGGCGCAUUUCAAUAGUUUGGAAGGAACAUUGUUCCAAAGAAAUUACUGGAUCGUGCACACAAUUGUUCCUCAAGAGAUCACCUUUUUUGGGCGUUGCCUCAAAGAUUUACAAACAAUUUAAGUAAUCAGUACCGAUUAGUCAGUUUGUAGUCGUUGUUUUGUACUUUCUGUGUCAUCGUUUUGAACAAGUUUUGCUUAAUUAAUCAGUCAGUUUAUGAACAUUAUUUAAGUUUUAAUA